CCAUUCUCCAAUACGUGUAAUCUAACUCCCCACUCAUUCUCUGAGCUUUACUCCCCACAUCUUAUAUCUAAGCUUGAGCUCCUCACAACCACCUCCAUCUACUGUGAUAUUCUUCUCUUUCUCCCAGAGCCACCAUCAACGACCAAGAAAGAAAACCCUAGCUACCUCCACCAUGAAAUCUUGUCUUCCAUUAGAACCAGCCAAAACACAGAGCUUCUUGUCUUCCAAAACUACGUAUGAUCUUCAUCAUUAUCAAGAAAAUGAUGGAAUCAAGAUUACUGAUUUAAAAUGCAUACCUUCAAAGACGUCGACACUCCCACUUCUGCAGUCUAAUGGGCAGCUUUCAGCAGGAGAUGAAGCAAUGAAGGUGGUGAGAGAAGAGCAGUUAUUGCAGGAAGAUAUUUGUGGACGUGAAAGGCUCAAGAGACAUAGGAUUGAGGUUGCGGGUCGGGUUUGGAUCCCUGAUAUUUGGGGUCAGGAAGAGGUUUUGAAGGAUUGGAUCGAUUGUUCUGCGUUCGAUGCUUCGUUAGUGGCUAACAGGAUUAUGUCUGCUCGUGCAGCUUUGGUUGAAGAAGGAAGAAGAAGAAGAGGGCCCGCAUGUGUUGCCGGAAGAUUAAGAAUCGAAAACAGGUGUUGAGCCAUUCUGAUGAUGUUAAUGUAACUUUCCAUUGUUUUGAUAUUAUUAGAGGGUUAAAAUGAGUAAAUAUUUUGAUGCCAUGGUUAAUAAAUCAUUUCCUAGUUGUGAAAUUA